GUUGGUCAACAAACAGCGUAAUUUCCUCCGUUUGCCGUUGUAAGCCUUAUGUUGUAAGCCUUAUGGCGUACAUAUAUGGCAGAGACUAGAGGCCGUGUCCGUGUCAUAUUUGCUUCUUCUGAGAGUAAGGGAUAGAGGAAAGAGACAUCAUGAGUGGAGAAGGAAGGGUGGUGUGUGUAACUGGAGGAUCAGGUUAUAUAGCUUCAUGGCUGGUCAAGCUCUUACUCCAGCGAGGUUACACAGUUAAAGCUACUGUUCUUGAUCCCAAUGAUCCUAAGCAAACAGAACAUUUGCUUGCACUCGAUGGAGCUAAAGAGAGACUUCAGUUGUUCAAGGCAAAUUUAGUGGAAGAAGGAACUUUUGAUUCAGCAGUUGAUGGAUGUGAAGGUGUAUUUCAUACAGCUUCUCCUGUAAUUCUUUCAACAGAUGACCCACAGAAUGUAUUGCUUGAGCCUGCUGUUAAGGGAACACUAAACGUUCUUAAAUCGUGUUCGAAAGUCCCUUUUAUCAAGAGAGUGGUUGUAACUUCUUCUAUCGCAACAGUACUGUUCAAUGGAAAACCUCUGACCCCUAAUGUGGUAGUUGAUGAGACUUGGUUUUCUGAUCCUGCUUUCUGCAAGGAAAAUAAGCAUUGGUAUAGGCUAUCAAAAACCUUAGCAGAGGAUGCUGCUUGGAAAUUUGCAAAUGAAAAUGGAAUUGACUUGGUUACAAUACAUCCAGGGUUUGUGAUUGGUCCUGUCUUCCAGCCAACUCUGAAUGUCACUAUGAAGAUUAUUUUGAACUACAUAACUGGUCAAACAUUUCCAAAUGAGACUCUAAGAUCUGUUGAUGUUAGAGAUGUUGCAAAUGCACAUAUUCUAGCAUUUGAAAGAUCUUCAGCCAGUGGCAGAUACUGUUUAGUUGGACAAGUAGCACACUUGUCUGAGUUCUUUAAGAUUCUGCGCCAACACUACCCGACACUACCACUUCCUGAAAAAAAUCUGUUACUGUUAUGGUUUUCUUUUGCAAGCAGAUGUGUAGAUGACAAGCCUUUUGUGCCAAAAUAUGAGGUAUCUAAAGAGAAGGCAAAAGACUUGGGUGUGGACUUCACUCCUCUGGAGGUUACUGCUAAAAACAUCAUUGAAAGCUUGAAAGAGAGAGGCUUUCUUAAUUUCUGAGUAGUGUGAUUUAUUUAGUUUUCCUAAAUGUCUUCAUUUAUAUAAGCUUCUGUUUCUUAUAAGGUGUAUGCAGGAUGUAACCAGUUACUUCUUAAGGGGUGCUUGUGCUAGCUUUGAGCUCUUGGGGGCCAUAUUGAUAGGAACACAUUUGAAUUGAAAGCAGAUUUUAAUAUAAUGAAAAAUAUACAUAGGAUUAAGCCCA